AGUCACACCCAUGGAGCAGAAGCAAGUCAGUAAAGUAAUAACCCAGGAAAUACGUGUGUUUCUUUCUAUCUGUUCCGAAACGUUCAGUCAGUCUUAGCUCGAGCGACACCAAAGAACACUUUAUGCCAUCAGGAGUUGACUCUGAACGCAGCAGCUGGCAACGUAGUGGAUGUUUCUGUGAUUUCGCUGGAGGUUGUCCCUGCCCCUGCCCCUGCCCCUGCCCCUGCCCCUGCCCCAGAGACUCACCUGCUCAUACGCUCACACGGAUAACUCCCUUGGCCCCCCAGCCCGGCAGCAUCCGAUUCCUGUCUCACACAGAGCUUCAGGAUGGGGUGAAGAGGCGAACAGGAGCAAUGCAGCGACGGAAAGUGAAGGUGGUGGGGACCAUCAUGAUGGCGAACAUCUUCCUCUUCAUCGUGCUGGAGGUGUCGCGCAGCGGCAGCCAGGGCAAGGGCAGCGACAGCAAGGUGCACGUGCCCUCCAAGCGCUUCUGGGCCCGGCUAGCACCCAGCAGCGGCUUCUGGAACCGUGAGCAGCAGAAGCUGGACCUCCUUCACAACCCGGUGGUGACCAACACCACUAACGGCAGCGGCGUGACCGCUGACGGAGCGCUACCGUUCGACCAGCUCCCCGAUUGGCUCAACGACACGGUGGGCCAGCAGUCGUGCGAGCCGGACCCGCGUGUGGCCAGCCAGCUGAAGGACUACGGCCAGCUGCCGCAGCGCUUCAGGGACUUCCUGACGUACCUGCGCUGCCGCUCCUACCCCAUGGUAGUGGACCAGCCACACGUGUGCCAGGACGGGCCCUACCUGCUGCUGGCGGUCAAGUCCCUGGCGCCGCACUUCGACCGGCGGCAGGCCAUCCGCGAGUCGUGGGGCCGCGCGGGCAUGCUGGCCAACCGCACGGUAGCCACCAUCUUCCUGCUGGGCAACGCCACGGCCGUGGACCACUUCCCGGACCUGUCGCCCAUGCUGCGCUACGAGAGCGAGCAGCACCGGGACAUCCUCCAGUGGGACUACCGCGACACCUUUUUCAACCUCACGGUCAAAGAGGUGCUCUUCCAGCGCUGGCUGGACACCAGCUGCCCCGGCGCGCGCUUCGUCUUCAAGGGCGACGACGACGUCUUCGUCAACACGCCGCACAUCCUGGACUUCCUCAAGGGCCUGGCGCCGGACAAGGCCCGCGACCUGUUUGUGGGCGACGUCAUCUUCAACGCCGGGCCGCACCGCGACAAGCGGGUCAAGUACUUCAUCCCGGAGAGCAUGUUCGUGGGCCAGUACCCGCCGUACGCCGGCGGAGGAGGCUACUUGUACUCAGGGGACCUGGCGCACCGGAUAUACGCGGCCUGCCAGCGGGUGGCGCUCUUCCCCAUCGACGACGUCUACACGGGCAUGUGCCUGCGCAAGCUGGGCCUGGCGCCCGAAAAGCACAAGGGCUUCAGGACCUUUGACAUUGAAGAGAAGCUCAGGGGGAACGCCUGCGCCUACAAAGCACUGAUGCUGGUGCACCCCAGGACUCCGCAGGACAUGAUCAAGAUCUGGGGCUGGCUGAACGACCCCAAGUUGACGUGUCCGUGAUCUAGGUUUGAACGGUUGCCUUUUUUUGUAUCGUUUAUUUUUUUGUUGUUGUUGUUUGUUUCUGCUGUAUCAACGCCCGUGGCAUUCUAAUGACCUCAGGGUUGUAAAGGGGCACACUUUGGCAGCUUUACUACAGAGAUAUACAUUUAAAUCUAAAUUAUUGCGCUAUUAACAGCAUGACUAAAAUGUUACAAACCUCCACGGUUAUUAUGUCCCUGCUGUCGCCAGGGUACAGUUUGAAGGUGUCCGUUUUCAAAAGGGGCUUUGUGUGGCCCAAGUAUUGUGAUUAGAAGGAACCCCCCCUCUAGUCCAAACCUCCUCACCAUUGUUGAUGGUCUUUACAGUAGAGCCCAGCUGGUCUGAGCGUCCUAUGGUGUCUUGACCGAUAUUUCAUAAACCAGCUAGCCCCUAAUAGGUAGUUUGGUUUGGCACAUUUUCACAAUGCUGUAAAUUAUUUUUUUUAUAUAUAUCUAUAUGUUUAAAAAGAAGAAGACACCCAGUGCUUGGAGAUGCAAGUGCAUCAAAAUCUAAUUCACAGUUUGUUUUUGUGUAGUUAUAUGAAAGGGUUGUUUUGUUGUAGGUGUUGUAGACCUACCACCCUUAACACCUUGCAUUGGACACAUGGCCUGAACGGUCACUCCUUUGUCUAAUCCAAAGUUCCCAAAAGUCCCAGAAUCGACCAAAACAAAACCCAUCAAUGUUUCUCAAGGUGCUCUUGGGUGCUUCUGAAUUUGCUGUUCUCAGGCAGCACAACUUGCCUUGUGCAUCGCUGGCCACUUGCCAGCCUCAUUGUGCAAUCACGGGUGUGAGAGUAUGCGUGACCAAAGUAAUGUAGGAAAGGAUGGCAUUGCAACACAUUUUAAAGCGAAUUUCCAUCCUCUCUCUAUAGAUGAUUCUACAAGUGUUCCUUCUUGUCUACUGCCUUUUGCAUUGAGCCUCUUGUGUUCCAAGUCACAAGUGGCUCCUGGUAGACUUAUCAAUUUAUUCAUUAGAGGCCUUGUCCUUCUAGCCCUGAGCUUUGUUUUUUUUUUGCCAAAACACUGGUGGAGCACCAAAGGCAGAGGAAUAGGGAAAUCCAUGGGGUUGAAGGCAAGCUCAAGCUUGUGGAGAGAGGAGGAGCUAUGAGAGAGCUAGAGCAGGCAGGCAGGCAGGCAGGCAGGCAGUGCUAACCUUCAGAGGCCAGCCAAUGACGAGCCUUACACAGGCUGUCAUUUCUUGAAGCUGUUAUCCGUGUGAGACCGAGUCUGGCGCCUGCAUUGCGGCCUGGUGUUUGUCAUUUGAGCAGGGUGGAACUUGCUUGAGCGCUCAUGGGGUGGCCCACCCAUUCCUGCUCAGCGCACACAGAGAGGAAGUAUAGCCCAGUGUUAUCACAGUGACACCUGCUGGACAGGUAGUGGAAGUUUCCCGCAGUAAAAAUAAAAAUGAACACUGGACUCAUUGGGUCAUAGCCUUACCACCAUCAAAGGACCUUGUUGGAAAAACAAUGCCAUGAGAAUGACUGCCUUUGUUGAAAUAUGUCAUUGGCGGUUGUUCAUUUUUCAAAAUUAGUAACUUAUUUUUUUCCCAGUUACUGAGGGAGUGUUGGUCAGUGUUAAUGUGUAGACUUGCGAAUUAAUGUCAAACUCAUCUGUUACACUGACUGCUGUUUGGGUGCUGGAAUGUCCAGAAAAUGUUUACAUGUGUAAAUAAACAAUUGAAAAUGGCAAAAAAAAGUAAACAAAGAAAAUGUAUUUAUAAACUCAGUAUAAUUUGUUCAGUUCUGGUUAUGUUUAUUAAGAUGAAUACAAAAACAGGACUGGAUUAGAGACAGGUAUUUGGUAUUGUUUGUUUGUUUGUUUUUAAAAUAUGCUGUAUAAAUGCACAGGACUCUCUAGUAUAGACGUUUUUCUGUAUGCUGUAAAAAUGCACAGGACAAUGCUGUCGCCUAAGUGCAGGUGACGCGUAAUUCAAACUCGUAUGCACGUUAAUAUAUCUAUCUUGCGUACCUGCGUCGACUCCGAAAACCUAACAGUCUGUUUAUCGUACCAAAGCAUGGACCAAGAAAAUCAUAAAAAAGAGGUGAUCUAUGUUAAUUAUUUGUUUUAAUAUUAUUUGGGGCGUUAAGGUCACUUUUGUGCUUGGGCAAAGGAGUAUUUUUGUAGUUUGUGUUUUUUGUUCAGUGGAAUGCUGUCGGUGUUGUGCCUUCCAAAGAAGCCCAAAGGGUAAAUGCUGUAACUAGUCAACUGCAGUGGGUCGGGGUUGGCUUUCGGUCCUGUCUGUUUUUGACCUUCAAGUGCAAUUUACACCCAACUUGCCUCAUAGAUAUUCAGCCUAGUCUUAAUUCUAAUCAAGAUUUUAGUCAUUCCCUUUGUCCUAGUGUUUAUAACUAAAUAUAUCUUAACCAAAAUCCGGCACUUAUCAGUCAGUCUAUUUUAGCAGAUCGAUUGUCCCCUGACCCCCCUGUGUGUCUGUGUCUGGUCAAGGGGUGGUUUUUCUGUGCUACUGUGACUACUCAGCCAAAAUGUGCCUGUCAUAAGUGAUUUGUGACCGACAGCAGUCUUGGUCGUAAGUGUUGGUUUGGUUAAUCCUGAAAUCAUAUGUUUCUGCUUCUUUGUCCAUGUAUGAGUCCGCGUCAUCCAAAGUAAUGUACUGUCCGUGGAGUUAAGAUUUUUGUCCUGUUUUCUUUCAAUAAAGUAUACUUGGCUGUUUUUGUAAA